AUGGAGCAGCGAACGCGCCGCACGGUAAAAGCAUGCGUCAUCUGCCACAAGAAAAAGGUCCGCUGCGACAUCGACAUCGUCGAGGGCAACUCGUGCACCAAUUGCGUGCGCGAUGACUACGAAUGCGUGCCCAGAGAGCGGAAACGGAAACGCUACACCAUCAGCACCUCUCCACCAGCCACCACAUCGCGGACGACGCGUGCGAAGCAGGCCGCAGAGGACCAGCGCAUCCACGAAGAAGACGCCCACACGACAAAUGGCAAUGGCGUCUCCAUCCAUGAGAACGGCUUCCGCGAAGGGCGAAGCCAGGCUCGAGACGACAUACGGCAGGAUAGCUACACCACCCCCAGCACUGGUCUCGCAUCUGAGCAUAACAUCGAUCCGUCCCUCCACAACUACGGCAGCGGCAAUACACCUGUAAACGCCAGCUAUCUGGGCCGUCUGGAAUACAUCCGCAAUGAUGUCCCAGUGAACGAUGAAGGCACAGUGCCAGAUCGAGCUCCACAUAGACUCUCAGAAACAGACCUCGAGAUCAUGCGCGUGCAGCGCGUCUCUGAACUACCACCACGAGCAAUCCGCGAGUCGCUACUCGACGCGUUCUGGACGCGGUGCUACCCCUGGACGCCGGUGGUAGAGCGGCAUUGGGUCGAAGAUCAGCCUUCGAACAAUGUAUCGCUGUUACUGCUGCACGCGAUGCUGCUGGCCGGCAGUCGCGUGUCCUCCGUCUCUCCAGGGUACUCGCCUGAAGAUUUCUACAAAAAAGCGAGGGUGCUAUUUUGGAUGGGAGCGGAAGAAGACCCGAUUGUCACCAUCGCGGCGGCGUGUUUGCUGCAUUGGUGGAAUCCAGAGGGGCCGGAGAGAGUGUCGCUUGAUACGAGUGGGUUUUGGCUGCGUAUUGCGGUCGGUCUGGCGUAUCAGGUUGGGCUACACAGGGAGCCGGUAAAAAAGGCGGAUGCGGGGUUGAGGCGUAGAAUUUGGUGGUCCUUGGUUGUGCGAGAUUGCUUGAUCAAUGCUGGACAUGGUCGACCUCGAGCCAUCGAUUUGAAGCUGACAGAUGUAUCACCACCUACGGCGCAUGAUUUCGAGGGCGAUACUGCUAGAGCAAAUCUAUUCUCUUCUUACGUUACGAUAUCAUCUAUUCUAGGUGACCUAACUCAAAGUUUCCUUACAAAAUCCGGCUUCCAAGACCAAAGAAGCCAGAUCGAAAACCACCUCUAUCGCUGGCUGAAAACUCUCCCCGAUUCCCUCCAUCUCUGCCGACCAGAGCAUGGCAGGCUUCUAAAACAAUACAACUUUGAAUCACGACAACUGCAUGUCCAAUACUUUACGGUCCUAAUAAUAAUCAACCGCUCCCGCGAUUCCCGGGGCCCGCCCUCAACCGCAUCCCUCCUCGCCUCGUCCUUCCUCGCCGGCAUCUUUGAAGACUUUCUUGCGCGCGACGAACUGCGCUACCUAGGCCCGAUCUUCACAUUCUACCUCCUUGUAGCAGGCAUGGCACAGCUAUCAUGUUACCGAUACACCGGUCUUUGGGACGCGGCCGCGAAAGACCUAGAUGUCAUGUUCCGUGCGCUAGACGAGUUAGCGAAGAGGUGGCCGAGUGCCGUGGGGAGUUUAAGGCAUUUGACCGACGUGAGGGACAAGAUCGUCAUGCGCCCAACCGCCCUCCCGCACUUCCCCCACCACAACCUCACCCCCGAACGCCUCCAAUUCUUCGAAGACUUCGGCCCCGAGCUCUGCCGCAUGUGGGUCGCCAUCCACGAAGGCCACCGCGACGGCAUCCAGCGCAUCCACCCGUCCCGCGAGAUCGAGACCGCCGGGAUCCUGCAGGGGCUACGGACGCCUGUCACGAUGCUUGAAGGGCUGGGCGUGGAUGGCGCUGAUGGCGAGCUGAACGAUGAGCGGGAGGAGAGCGAGUGUACGAAUGGGGGCAGGGAUGGGGUUUAUGGCUAUGGCGGGCGGAGAGAUGAGUUAGGGCAUGCGUUUGGGGGCGGCAUGGCGGGGCUGGGGUAUGAGACGGCGCUGAUGCAGCCGACAGCGGAUUUGAUGACGCAGUAUGAGGGGAUUGGGAAUUGGUUGCUUAUUGAUUGGGAUCAAGGGCUUGGAUGAGUGGCCAUAUACAUACGGUACUAGGACAUACGUUUGGGCACUGUUGUUGCCACUGCUUGGGGUGCCUAGGGGCUUUGGAAAUUCCAGAUGCGACGUGAAGGUCGAUGCAGCGACAAGUAGGUUGCAUUUUGACAGGCCGACUAUUCCGGGCAGGCUCCGGAUCGUACAGUCCUCUCGUACAGUAGCCAGCGUACAGUGGGUCUUGUAUAGUCACGUGCAUGCGAUUAUUAUAGCACGCCUGGUAUAUUUUAUUACAACC